GUCUUGAGGGUAUCAUGGUGGGACAAAAUGUUGGCCUAAUAAUUAGACAGUUACACUAGUUUAUUCUGCCAAUCCACCCGGCCUUUUUCGAAAUUCUGUGGAAGCAACCUUGGCAAUGCGUUUUCAGGCUCAAUUGGUGACCUCAAGCUCGUAUCAGGAUUUAGAGUCUUGGAAGAAACACAGCCUCGAAGAACAACGCCGUACGAUAGCCCGAUUAUCGUUAUCCUGCAUUCUGGAUGCCCAGACGGAACUGCUGUCUUGUGGAAGCCAGCCGCUUACAGCAAUAGUGCUUGAGACCCUCCUUACGUAAGGAAUAGUAACUUCCAGCGGGUAUUUGUCAUACGUCAGAAGGGGCUAUAUUUCAUUAACCGGACGUGCCGCCGCCGUCA